AUGGAGAGCUGGCCCACUGGAUCCCUCGAAGACCUAAUGACAAUGGCGCUGCUGGAGGAGAAGAUCGCGUUUGUGAAGUUGUUUGCUGUAAACGGCCUGGUGAUGCACGAGUAUCUCACCGUAUUUAACCUACGUCACCUCUACAACGCCAGCUGUGAUCCCAACACCCACCUGACGAAGCUACUGCAUCGCACGACUCGCAGCAAGAGCUUCCACCUUUGCCACGUCCACCAGCUUCUGAUUGCCCUCUUGGGGCAGCACAACGACGCUGCUUACACUUCCGAUACACCCACAGCGGCCUUGGAGAACUCAGCCAUCAACUACUACACCUUUGAGGACCCGUAUCAAGAACUGUUUCUGUGGGCCAUCUUGAGUGGGCGUGGCCAGUUAGCCCGCUACUUGUGGGAACGUUGCAACUCUCCGCUCACUGCAGCAGUGGUUGGCAGCGCCCUCUACCGCGCGCUCUGGAACUCUAUUGGCGCCAAGAACACUGAGGUGCGGAACCGGUACAUUUUCCACUCGGGGGAGUUCGAAAAACUCGCAGUAAAGCUGAUGGAAGAAUGCUACUCCGAUGAUCCCGUCAACGCCAUGGGACUUGCCGAGCGUCGCUGCGCAAAGUGGGGCGACCUCGACAUUCUUGACCUCGCUUUCACAGGGAACGAGAUGAACUUCAUCUCCUCGUCAUGCUGCCAGGCGAGCGUCGACCUGAGCUGGAGGCGAGGCAUGAUCCGAUGCUCCACCCUACCCUCCAUCAUCACCAUCGUCAUGCCAUUCCUGGCCUGGACCAGGUUCUUCAGUUUCCAGAAGUUGGGGGACAACGGCGGGGAACUGACCAAAUUCCAGAAGCUGAUCGUCUUCUAUAAGAGCCCCAUGACGAAAUUCUACUCUCACUCCUUGGCAUUUGUGCUGUUCUUGACGCUGUACGCUUACGUCGUCUUGUUCGACUUCCGCUAUCUGAUGACCUCGACUGAAAAGUUCUUGCUUUUCUGGAUCUUUACCUUCAUGCUUGAAGAAAUAAGUGAACUGGCACACCAGCAGUCCAUCUCAUUCUACGGUAAAGUCAUGACUUGGUACGAGUCCGUGUGGAACAGAUUUGACUUGAUCGCCUUUAUCUUCGCGUCGGUAGCUCUAGGAUUGCGGAUGACACGCAAUACCUUCAGUUACGGCAGGAUUGCGUACGCAUUCAACACGGCAAUCUUCUUCUGUCGAGUACUCAGAAUAUACCACGUGCAUUUCCGACUUGGCCCAAAGCUGGUCAUAUUCUACAGAAUGCUCUCCGAAGUGCUGAUGUUCAUGGCGUUGCUGAUAGUGUUCAUCCUCGGCUACGGACUGUCAGCUCAGUCCCUCCUACGUCCGUCCCCCAGUCGUGGACUGGACUCAGACUCCAUCACGUCCACCAUCAAAGAUGUGCUUCUCACCCCCUACUGGCAGAUGUACGGAGAGCUCAUGCUGGAUAACAUGGAAGGCGAAGACAUAAACGUGUGCCACUUCGCUGGAGAGGGCGAGGAGCAGGUGUGUGAGAACCCUAAGGACUACACAUGGGCUGUACACAUCAUGAUGGUCUUCUACCUCAUCAUCGGCAACAUCAUGCUGCUCAACCUCCUCAUCGCCAUCUUCACGUACGUGUUCGACGAAGUGCACGAGAACAGCAUGGAGAUUUGGAAGUACGAGCGAUUUCGGCUGAUCAGAGAAUACGAUUCUAAGCCAGGACUCGUUCCCCCAUUUGUGGUUCUGGAACACAUCUACCGGUUCACCAAGUGGUUCUGGAAGUCAUACCUGAGGAGCAACAAGGAAAAUUUGGAAGACUUCAUGACGUCAACACUUCUGACGCUGCGGAUUUUCGAGAAGGAAUCCUUCAUUUCGUUCCUGGCCAAAAUCCAGCUCUCCCACGACGCCUCACUGGACCAGCGGGUGAACCGCAUCGCUGAGAAGAUCGACAUGAUAACUAAAUACGUCGAGCAGGAGCAGGAGCUCAGGGAAAUUGAGGAGGACUUGGAAUGGGCGACGCAACAACUGGAAUUGGACGAAGACCAAAUAGAGGGCAAACGAAGUUCCGAUGAUUCUUGUCGAGAAUCAUCACCCGAUCGCUCGAAGGAGAGGAGGAAAAAACGCAGUAAAUCGCGCCCAGACCAAAAAUCUCACCACAAAGACAAUGAAGAAAUAACAACUAGCAACACAGGUAAAGGGCUUUCAGAUUCCAACGAAGAGGACGACAAUGAAAAUUCCAGAACUAACGCCGUGCCUUUCAUGAGCGACCAAGCUCUUCGGAAAAUUUCUAUCCAGCGGAAAAUAUCGGUUGGGCGUGGCAGGAAUCCGCCUUUGUCGCUGGAUACGAACUUACAAUCAAUUCUGAAGAAAAAACGUGAAUCUGUAGCACAGAUACGCAGCUCUUUAAAGAUGAGCCCUGCAAGAAAAAUAACCAUCAAGAGUCUGCCCCGUGAAGAUAGCCACGACGUAGACGCCGACGAUGUUCUUGAUGAGGAACUUUCCGAGGAAGACAUGGAGAAGAAGUUAGAUCAUCUCAAGCACCAGCUCCACAACACCGCCAGAACCCUGCCAUCCACGUCCGCUUCCAUGAAGAAGCCAGUUGCUAAGAAUGUGUCACAUCAGCUUGGUGGAGGCUGGGACGGUGAACUGCACUACCCUAGUCGCCCCACGUCAGCGUCUUUACUACGUCAGUCAUCAGGUCGUCUCGCCAAGUCCGCGGCCUCUCGUCGGGCUCUGGCUUCACCAAGACAAAUUGCAAGUCAAGUCGAUGCUUUGAACACAAGAAUUGAGUGUCUUACUGCCAAUGUCGAGAAAUUCCAGGAACUUUUUGAACGUUUCACAAAAAAUGUGAAUGAAUCUAACCUGCAACUCCGGCCCCCGACAGACGGCAGACCAACAACUGACAAGACAUCUCUUGGCAAGCUAAAGCAAGAAGAGAAUUUAGAAUCAGGAGAUAAAAAUUCGGGAGGGCAAGAAAUUAAUUCAGGAGAGCAAAAAGUGAACUUAGGAGCACCAGAAACAAAUUUAGGAGCACCAGCUUCUUCAGGUAGCGAAAAACUCGAAAACGACGACGUCUCCAGCAGUAAAGAAGUUGGGCUUGAGCGACUAGAACAGAGAAAGAUGAAUAAAAAAGCGAAUAAGAAGUACAAUUAAUGUAAGUUUUGUAUAUGGAACUGCCAGUUAUUGAGGUACGUUAUAUAGUACCAAGAAUCUUGUGCAAGUGUUCAUUUAUGCUCGCAGAGAUAAUGCGAAUUUUCAGUGAAGAAAAUUUACUUAAAUGUAAAAACAUUUAUCGUCAGUUAAAUUCCGAAAAUUUGCGCAAACUUUAUGACCAGGAAAGUAUGAUCUUCAUACUAACUUUUGGAUCAGCUGUACAAUCAUCAGUGUUGGGUGAUUCAGAACCAAUUCUAUUCGCUAGUUUUUGUCCGAAUUUUCUCAUUUUUUUACCAAAAAUGCGUGAAAAAUAGUUCAACAAUAUACUCAGGAAGCAACUCUCAGGAAAUUGUAUGUGUCAUAGUGUCCAAAAUAAUGACCCAAUUACCCACAGUGCAAGCAGAGAGCGAAAGUAGCACUGACACUCUCUUUGGAAUACCAAAGUGGGUGCAUCGCUUUUUAAAAAUGUCUCACUCAUUUCGCUGAGUGAACGUUUCCAAAAAAAUGAUUUGUGAAAUUUACACCCGCUCGAAAAUUGCUGUUUCAAUGACAAAAAUAAAA